AUACUUGGUGAAGAUGGAUCCAAAAGUGGGUGUUGCAGCUCUAGUCCACAACCAGAAAGGACAGUUCCUGCUUGGCAAGAGAAAGGGCAGCCACGGCGCUGGAACAUGGGGAUUUCCCGGAGGCCAUCUUGAAUAUGGCGAGUCAUUCGAAGACUGUGCUGUGCGCGAGACACUGGAAGAGACUGGUGUUGCUAUCCAUGGAGCCCACUACCUCACUGCCACCAAUAAUGUCACCCUUGCGAGGAAUAAGCACUUUGUGACCAUUUUUGUUGGGUGCGAUCCUGUUGAUGACAACACACAACCCAAGGUUAUUGAGCCCGAAAAGUGCGAAAAGUGGGAAUGGGUGUCGUGGGAGGAAAUUGUCUCGAAUGCGCAAGCCAGUGAAGGUCAGGCAGAACGGACGCUCUUCCGGCCCAUAAUCAACCUCUUCAAGCAGCGGCCAGGAUUUGAUCCUCUUGCUUAAUAGAUACCUUUAUUCAAAUAAACAUCGUCAAAAGAGCCAUCAGUAUAUCUACAUAUUAAUGCAAAAAUAUAUAUCGA